GAUUAUGUUUUAUCGGCGGCAGACGGUGUUCGUCAUAUCACUAUGGUUAUGUUUUUAUUUUUUAUCAUUGCUCACAUACUCCUUGGAACGAGCGCAGACAAUGUGACUUGUGGCGACAAUGAGGUGUUUAAUGAUUGUCCUUCUUUGAAAUGCGAGUUUUGUCCCACGUCCGAUGCAGAAGCUAGAGCAUGUCUAACUGACUCACAAGAUGUCUGUCCACCAGCUAAGUGCACUUGCAGGAAUAACUACAGGAGACUGCACAACGGUACCUGCGUACCGACGAGAGAAUGUCCUUCGUUCAAAUGCCCUGGGGUAAAUGAACAGUUUGACGCAUGUCCUGUAUGCCCCAGUGAUAAUUGUACAAGAGCCACAGCCAACGGUACCUGUCAUUUUGUCGGCCGUAUAGGAAUAUUACUGCAGUGUAGGCCAUCUUGUAGAUGCAAGAAGAACUAUUGGAGAGACGGAGAUCGUUGUGUUCCGUUUGAAAAAUGUCCAAAUAUUAACAAAGCUGCUAAUUGCACUGGACCCAACGAAAGUUUGCAGUGUGUCAGGUCAUGUCCACCGUUGGCGACAUGCGACAAUCGCAACAAAACUUACCACUGUCCCAUCAAUAAAUUUGGACCUUGUUACUAUAAAUGUGCUUGCAACAAAGGAUUUUAUAGGAACGCUGAUGGAUUUUGCGUCACCAAUAAUCUAUGUGAUAAGAAAUGCAAUGACCCGAACGCGGAGUAUAAACCCGACAAAAAGAAAUGUCCAUCAGAUUUAUGUAGCUCCAUUGUAUCAAAAUUUGCGUGCAAUCCAAACGAGCUAGGGCAGCCGGGGUGCGUCUGCAAGUCAGGCUUUUUGCGAUUGAAUGAAAACUCUACCUGCAUUCCAGCGAACCAAUGCCCUGAAAUGGGUAAUGCACCGGAUAAGAAAUGUACCGGUCCUAACGAGGAAUACAAAGCAGACAAAAAGUCAUGUCCGCCUGAGAUAUGUCGGUCUAUUGUAGCGAGGUACAAAUGUGAUUCAAAAGAAAAGGGCCAACCGAGCUGCGCUUGCAAACCAGGAUUUUUGAGAUUGAACCUAAAUUCAAGUUGUAUCCCAAUGGAACAGUGUCCAGAAUUACAGGGUUCACCUGAUUAUAAUAAACCUAAAUGCACUUUGCCGAACGAGAGCCUAAAAUGUGUGAAGUCUUGUCCGCCGCCGAAAUCCUGCAAAAACCGUGGCGCAUUAUUUCGUUGUUACCAAAACGACACAGAAGUCUGCCAAAACAAAUGUAUUUGUGAUGCCGGAUUUUACAGAAAUGGAGACGGAUUCUGCGUAACGAGCGACCUCUGUGACAAGAAGUGUACCGGACCAAACGAAAUAUAUAAGCCAGAUAAAAAGAAGUGUCCUCCCCAGACUUGCCAAUCUAAACUAGCUUUGUACAAAUGUGAUGCUGAAGAGAAAGGUCAGCCGGGUUGCGUCUGCAAGCCUGGCUAUUUAAGAUUAAAUGUUAACUCGACUUGUAUACCGUCGGAACAGUGCUCAGAGUCUCCAAACUCAAGUCCACUAAAUUGUUCUCUUCCCAAUGAAAGUUCGCAGUGUAUUAGAUCUUGCCCUCCUUUGAAUACAUGUGACAACCGAAAUAAAACCUACCACUGCCUUGUCAAUGCAUCCGCGCCUUGUAAACAACAGUGUGCUUGCAACAAAGGCUUCUAUAGAAACUCCGAUGGUUUUUGCGUCACCAAUGAAUUAUGUGAUAAAAAGUGUUCUAGUCCUCAUGAAGUCUUUACGACUAAUAAAAAGGAAUGCUCUCCUGAUAUAUGCAGCUCCAUUGUAUCAAGAUACGCAUGCAAUCCCAACAUCACAGGUGUUCCUGGGUGCGUUUGUGAGUCAGGCUAUUUAAGAUUGUCACUAAAUUCGACUUGCAUUCCAAUGAAUCAAUGUCCCGAACUUGCUAAUGCACCUGAUUAUGAUAAUGGAUGUUCCGUACCAGAUUCCGAGUCAAAUGAGGACAGUUAUCCUGUUGAAUUAGAAAUAGAUUAUUGGCAGUUUGUAGAAGUAUCACCGAAGAAUCAAGAUAUCAAAGAUGAAGAAUUUGAUGAAGAUAAUACGAAUAACUGAACAGACACACAGUUCAAGAACCUUAAUCAAUUUCUAAUAAAGUUAUUGCAUUUAAGUUGAUGUAAUUAUU